AUGCCUUCGGAAGCUCAGGAGCUAUCGGCAGACAACCUGGCGGCACUGGAGACAGCAUCGGCUCAACACAUCGACGGCUCAUUUAUCAAGUCUGUGAAGCACUCUCGGCGAUCCCCCAUUCACCAGAUCACCAGCAGUGGAACGAUGGAUGCCUGGCUUAAUUUCAGCGUUAUGCCUGCUCACGAACCUCAGCCUCAGUCAUCCAUCUCUGAUGCUUUGGAAGCCGUGGCCCAGCAGACCCGCCAAGAACGGAAGGACAUUGAAGUACUGAAGCGAGUGCAUUUCGUCAGCAAAGUCCCCGAGUCACAACCACUGAAAGAUACAGUGAAGGAAUACCAGGACAUGCCACUGGACGCCCAGAUCUUCUUGCGGAAAGUAGUCGACCGAUUUCCCCAGAUACCUCCUUUUUUGGCGAAGCGCUUUGCUAAUGCCAACGUCGGGAGGCUGGAUGGGCUACGUGUGCGCCCAGCAAACGAAAAGCUCAGAGUAGGUUGA